CCAAGAAGAACAAUUAAAUCAACCGAAGAUGAACGGCAAGGAAACAGCUACGACGGUUAUAAAUGCAAUUCAGGAAUUAUGUGGCUUAUCUAGAUUCAGCGACGGAGUAAACGAAGGGAAACUUGUCUCGUUUAUUCGAGGUUCUAAUCAGGACUGGUUAAAGGAAGGAGACGUGCAACCUAUCAUUGAAGGGUCUGCCACGUAUGGAUCAGGCAUGGGACAUGAUACCACCUGGUGGAGCAGGGCGCUAAGGCAAUGUGUUGCUCUAGGUUUUGUAGACAUAGCAUACAAAGUCUCUUUGUUCAACAAUUUUUAUAAAACGUCAAGGCGCUAUGUUGCAUCCGUGAAAGGCAAAUGCUUCGUGCAAAAACCGUACGACAUCUCCGUUCUUGAUCCAUCGGUAGAUCCUUUCAACCCAAAUAAGAAAUCAAACAGCAGAAACAAUGUCAAGUCCACCACUAGCAGAGGAGUUCAUUUCCUACCAAAAGUUAGGAAACUCUUAAAAGAUAAAAGCAGCUGGGUGGACAUCAAGAAAAGAGAAGAUUACGAGUUUCCAGGCUUUUCUGAAAAUAAUGGAAAGUUGAUGUUCACCCAAGAUUUUAAAACACUCCCGUAUGCAGCCAAAAACAGGGUUCACUUUAUUUCUGAGGAUAACCAGCUAACAACGCGUGGCUCGCAAAAGCAAAAAGUGCUAACUGAGGUCGAUGGAGUGGAAACAGAAGUCUUUGUAAAGAGAGGACCUUGUGAAGGGGUAAAAGUAUGCAGCGCUGACAAAUGUGGUUACACGGUGGCAAAUACGCAGUUAAGGAACAAAUGCAAGGAGCAUGGUUCCUCCAAACCAUUAACAAGAACCGGAAAAUGUCCUAUUCACUUUGUUUAUAUUUGGCCCACUAUUAGUACGGAUGAUCGCAGAUGGAUCGGAGUUUUUUCAGCCGAAGGAGAGGUGAAGCAUAAUCAUUCAAGACCUGCCGAACACAAGAUCUCGAGCAAAGUGGUUGAAGACAUUCAACAAACAGUUCAUCAGGACAUCACUAAGACUUCCAAGGAUUUAUUGAAAGGUCAGGGUAUGGAGUAUAUACCUGGGGAGAACAGUGCCGCAGCUCUCAACAUUGAUCGCAUAAGGAGGGAGAGGAAAAAAGUUUUAAGCCAACAUUCGACAGAUGUCAGCGGAAGCUCGAGAGUACUCUUCAUUAUCGAGCAGUUUCCAAAGAUCAAAAAGAAGGUGGACGAAGAGACUAAAUGCGAAGACGAAUUUGUCAGGGAAGUAGAGGAACUUGUGGGUAAUUAUCAAAUGGCAGGACUGGAGUACAUCUUUACCCCUCAACGAAACAUGGCAUUCUUUGCGUCUCCUUUCCAGCUAAAGCAAUUAAGCUGCACGAAAGUGAUAUUUACAGACAUUACUUACACUGGCAGCAAUGAUUUCCCGUAUUUACUCAACAUGGUGGCUUUCAACGAAGACAGCUUACAGUACAAUGCUGUCGCGCGUGUCCUGUUGAACCGACAAGAUGGGGGUACCUAUGCAACGGCAAUCAAAGAGGUUUUUAAGAAAACAACUACAGAUCACCCUGACUUCAAAAUGGGAUCAGCUCUGGAGGAAAUCGUGGUUGAUUUCAGUGAUGCAGAAAGCAAUGGCUUUAGAGAUGCUAUCGGGGAAAGCCUGGCAGCGAAGCUUCUCAGAGGUUGCAAUGUAUGUACCAAGUAAAUCAUACUUACAAAUUAGUGUAUUACUCCUUUAAUUUCUGAAAACUGUCCAA